UGGAUAUCUAAAACAGGAGAGAAGGAGGGAAAGGAGAGCAGAAAGGAGGGAGGGAGAGAGCCUUGUGACAAUGUUUUGAGUGGAAAACGAAGCAAAAAGACAGGUACUGCUUAUUAAAAGCUUCAAGCAUUGCGGUGGAUGGGAAUGAAAAGAUUCUCAUUUUCUCACAUGGAUUCAACCUAAAAGACACAUUUUGAAUAUUAAGCAGGACAAAGACAUUGAACAACUGUAGGUUCCUCCCAUUGGAUUCCAGGAGGAUGUUUUGGGCCACAUUUUUUGGGUGAAUUAUCUCCAAGUACAAAGUAACUGGAGUACAAAUAGGCAGCUAGUUAUCCCAAUGACUGAGAAAUUGGCUGCCUCCUGACUACAAGAAUUCAACUCAUUUUACAUGCCACAUUUUAUGCGGAUUAAUUUCUGUAAAAAGUGGACGCUGUAACUUGUUUUCCCCUGAAUCAAUCGCCAUCAAGCUUUGAGAGGUACCCCCAUUUUUUGGGGAAUUACACUGGUCACUUUUCCCAAUUUUCUGACCUUGACAUCUGUCCCAUCUAUAACAUUUCAUGCAACCUUUCCAGUGGUGUAACGGGUCGCGGGAGCGCUGGAGCCAAUCUCAGCUGCCAGCCAAUCGCAGGGCACAUAGAGACAAACAACAGUCGGACUCACAAUCACACCUCCAAUUAAUGCAUGUUUUUGGGAUGUGGGAGGAAACCUGAGAACACCGGAGAAUACCAGGGUUGCGGACGUGCUGGAGCGGCAAUACACCCUGAACCGGUCGCCAGCCAGUCACAGGGCACAUAGAAACAAAGAACCAUUCACACUCACAUUCACAACUAUGGACAAAAAGAAGUCUUUAAUUAACCUAACAUGCAUUUUUUUUUUUAGAUGUGGGAGGAAACCUACGCAGGCCGGGUGAAAACAUGCAAACUCUUCACGGACGAGAUAGGAUUUAAACACAGGUCUUCGUAACUGGUGUCGGUGUGACCUUGCAUUGCAGAACUCGGACCCCUCCUGCAAGAUGACGUCUGAAGAGCUCUUUCACUUGCCACUCAACGUCUACAUCAUCAUUCUGGGCAUUGGCCUUUUUAUCCUAAUGCUCAGCCUCAUUUUCUGCUGCUACCUGUUCAGACUCAGGCGACAAGGUGGAAGAGAACACUAUGGCUAUAAUGAGGUUGUUCUAAAAGGAGCAGGGAAGAAACUGAGCCUUCUUGGGCAAACAUGUGCGGUGUGUUUAGAAGAGUUUCGCAGCCGGGAUGAGCUUGGAGUGUGCCCGUGUUCCCAUGCUUUUCAUAAGAAGUGUCUACUGAAAUGGUUAGAGAUCCGUAGUGUCUGCCCCAUGUGCAACAAGCCAAUAUGUCGCCUCCAACCUGGACCUUCAUCAGCUGCUGAGCAGCCACAGGGUCUCCUGGAGGUCCGCGAGGGACCGCAAAUAUGAUUGGCACUACCUGUCAUCUCCAGUAGAUCACAGCUGUUAUUUCAACCAUCCAACAGACUACUACAGUUCCAUUUUUAUGUAUGACAAAUCUUAUGGCAGAAGGACUUAUUCGAAUGUGAGUCUCUUCAUUCAUAACUGUUCAAUAACUGUUUAUAAACGUGGAGUAAAAACAUUGUACAAAAGCCAUUUUCUUCAAACCUUCAGAGAAAAAGUGCAAUUUUCUAAAUGUCAGAUAGGCCGCAUGCCCUGAAGACGACAGUUCUCUACUCCUUACUGGCUGAUAUGCUUUUCUAAAACAGCUCCACCACAGUCACACUCAGGUCACUGGGCACAUCACAACUUUAUGCGUUCACUUGUCUUUUGAAUUUGUGCGGCACAGAAGCCAAAUAAAAAGCUCUUGUACAAUCACACGCUCUUCUCCUAAGUGCAAAAUUGUACAAUGCUUGUACAAUGUUUAUUGUAAAAACUGACCUUUAUGGUGGAGGUUAAGCUCAUGUGGAAGAAAAAGUGUAACGGUAAUAGAUUUUUUAAUUAACGUAUUUAUGAAUUUGGGGAAAAUGUUCAGAGUUAGGUCAUCACAUUCAAUCUCAUGUUAAAGAGUAGAAAGUACACACUUGAACUGGAGAAGCCGUAUCAAACGUAUGGACCGGUAUGUAUAUAUGUACAUGUAUGUAUGUAUGUAUAGUGAAAAUUAAAAUUACUGGUGAUGGA